CAGUUAGAGUUUGUAGCUCGGUUUAUAGUUUUCACAGGGUCUUUCUAUACAGAAAAUAUAUUGAGGGUUUUUGUCUUCGAGGUCAUUUUUGCGCCACUGAUUAGAUCGAGUUCUAAUUGGAUCUUAAGGCAACUGAAAAAUGUUGCAGUUUGUCUUUUUGAUUUUACUCUUUUCUACUUGCGUUCAAUUCACUGAGUCUUGCACUAAUGGCUCAGUUAGACUGGCGAAUCCCAGUCUUUCAUAUGGAGCAGUUGAGGUUUGCUCUAAUGGAUCCUGGGGAAGUAUAUGCAGUGACUUUUGGGAUAAUAAUGAUGCCAGUGUGGUAUGCCAGCAGCUAGGAUAUUCUCCUUAUGGUGCUAUAGGAUCUGUGGUAUCAUAUUUCAAUUCUAGUGCACAAUCACAUUCUAUCAUUGACUUGAACUGUACAGGAAAUGAAGCCACUAUACUGUCCUGUCCACAUAAUGGUCUGGCUGGCUAUGCUUGCUCCAUAAACAGAGAUGCUAAUGUCUUUUGUCAGAAUAUUGGUACACUUAAAGCAGACUGUACAGAAGGUGAAGUGAGACUGGUUAAUGGUAACACACAGUAUGAAGGACGUGUAGAAAUAUGCAUCAAUAGAGUAUGGGGAACUGUAUGUAGUAGAAGCCACAGCAUUUUAUACUCUUGGGAUACACUUGACAGUAAUGUUGUAUGUAGGCAAGCAGGACACAUGGAGCUAGGAUCAGUUGCAUAUACUACAGCUAGUGAAUUUGGGCAAGGCUCAGGUCCUAUACUGAUUUCUUCAAUUCAGUGUAGUGGACAGGAGUCACAUCUUAUUAACUGUUCCUAUUCUCCACUAAUACCAUCAUACUGUUCACACACUUAUGAUGUUGGAGUCAAAUGUGAAGCUCCUUGUGCCAAUGGUACUGUUCGUCUAUAUAGUGAUUCAGGUAGCUAUUUCAGGAGACAUGGACGAGUUCAAGUGUGUGUGAAUAAUGUCUGGGGAACAAUUUGUGAUCACUUUUGGGAUGAAAAGGAUGCAAGUGUAGUGUGUAGAAUGCUUGGAUACUCUCCCUAUGGUGCUUCUGCAAUAAAAAAUGCAUAUACUGAAGGAACAUGGUAUAUUCACAUUAAUGAUCUUAAUUGUACUGGGACAGAGUCUUCUCUUUGGGACUGUCCUAUGAAUGGACUCAGUGAAUAUUCAUGCAAUCAUUAUGAUGAUGCUGCUGUUGCUUGUCAAUUUACUGAUGUGAAGUAUUCUACCUGUACUACUGGUGAAGUGAGAUUAGUUGAUGGCAUGACAAAGUAUGAAGGAAGAGUUGAAGUGUGUGAGAAUGGAGUUUGGGGUUCAGUCUGUGCUACGCAUUCAUCUAAUGAUAGAAACACUUACACUUUAUGCCAUGAAUUAGGAUAUCAAGGUGGUAUAGUACUUCCAAGCUCAAACUUUGGUGUUAGUAAUAAUCCAAUUUUGAUUUAUCAAUUGUCUUGUGGUGCUCUUCAAUCAAAUCUAAGUAACUGUUACCAAAGAAAGUAUCCAUACUAUUAUGUUAGUACAUGGUGGUAUAUAAGGUGUAACAAUUAUCAUGAACUAAGUAUCAGAUGUGAAAAUACUUGUGUUGAAAAUAAAAUAGAACUAUAUGGUGGCCCUUCCAGUCGUCAUGGUAGCAUAAGAGUCUGUGUCAAUGGUUCAUGGGUUAUGGUGUGUGGAUAUGGUAAUACUGUCAUUGAUAAUAACCUAGCUAGUGUUGUCUGUUCCAGUAUUGGAUACUCAGCUUAUGGAGCUAAAAGUGCUAGAAAUGUAUGGAACAAUUACAACUAUCCAUAUCAGUUUUAUAAUGUUCAGUGCUAUGGAAAUGAGAGUAGCUUAUUAGACUGUCAGUAUAAGACUACAGGAUCAUGUCCUAAUGUGUACAAUGCAACAGUUGCUGUCUUUUGCCUACUCCAUGAUGAUUAUACUCCAGCUAACUGUACAGAUGGUGAUAUUAGACUUUAUGGUGGGUCUAUACCCAACCAAGGAAUACUUCAUGUAUGUAGUAAUGGAAUCUGGGGAACUGUCUGCAGUAAUAACAAUUGGAAUAACAUUGAAACUGAUAUUGCCUGCUUUCAGUUGGGAUAUUAUAGCUACGGUCAUUCAUCUAUCAGAGGGACCACUAAUAGACUGUUUCCAAUAAUUUAUUCUUCUUUUAAUUGUCAGGGUAAUGAAACAACACUGUUGUCCUGUAGUUCUGGACUUCAUUCUAGUAUUCAGUAUUGUACUGACAAUGCCAUUGAAUUAAACUGUGAAGCAAAUUGUACAUCUGGUGACAUUCGUCUUGUUGGUGGUGGAUACAAUUAUGGUCGUGUUGAAGUUUGUGUUGAAGGAGUAUGGGGAACUGUCUGCAGAGAUAGCUAUUGGGAUAAUAAUGAUGCUAGUAUUGUUUGUAGGCAGCUAGGAUUCUCUCCUUUUGGUUCGAUUGCUGUUACUUCUUCCUGGAAUAAUGAAGAACAUGGAAUAACUUUUUUGACUGGUUUAAACUGCAAUGGAACUGAACAAAGCAUCUUUGACUGUCUAGUUGAUGCUAAUGCUCCUGUUUGUUCAUCUAAUUGGGCUGAUGCUAAUGUUGUUUGUCCAGCUCAUGGUGUGUCAACCUAUUCUAAUUGCACUGAUGGUGAUAUUAGAUUGGUUGGUGGUAGCACAGAAUAUGAAGGAAGAGUUGAAGUUUGCCUUAAUAAUGCAUGGGGAACUGUUUACAGCUCUAGCAGAGAAUACUUUGCUCAGACAGUAUGCAAUGCAUUAGGUUUUACCUCUCCUGGUGCUGUUUAUUACAAACAAUUUGGUGAAGGAAGUGGUCCAAUAUUAAUGUACACAAGCUGCUAUCCCGUAAGGAACUCUUUGUUUGACUGUACUUUACGACCACAGAGCAUUCCACACACUAGCCAUGAGAAUGAUGCUGGUGUAAGGUGUGAAAUUCCUUGUAAAAAUGGUGACAUCAGACUAGUUGGUGGUUCUGAUCCAUUGAUAGGAAGAGUGGAGCUAUGUGUUAAUAAGACCUGGGGUACUAUAUGUGAUGAUUAUUGGGAUGACAAUGAUGCCAGUGUUGUGUGUAGACAAGUUGGUUUUUCUGGACAAGGGGCUAAAGCAAGAUAUAGUUCAUACACAGAAAGGCUCAAAUCAUUUCACAUUAUUGACUUAAACUGCAAUGGAAGUGAAGAAAAUGUGUUUAACUGUUCUCAUAAUCUUGUUCAGCAGCACACCUGUACUGACUAUGAAGAUGCUAGUGUACAAUGUACAGCAUCCAAUACCACUAGCAACUGUACUACUGGUCAUGUUAGAUUAACAGGUGGUCAGUCCCAGUAUGUUGGUUUAGUUGAGAUAUGCUAUGGAGGAGUUUGGAAAUCAAUAUGUCCUAGAGGGUGGGAUAAUCGUGAGGCACAAGUUGUAUGUAGACAAUUAGGAUUUACUUCUAUUGGAGCUGAUUCUAUUAAUAUUGGGAAAGGUUUUAGCCCUGUACAUUCAUCAUAUUUUACUUGCGCUGGAAGUGAAGCCACUCUACUAAACUGUAGCUAUUACACUCAUUCCUGUAGCAAUUCAUACCAUGCUGGAGUUGAUUGUGAAUCUCCUUGUAUUGAGGGAGCUGUUCGUUUAGAAGGUGAUGAUAGAUAUAAAGAAUUUGGUCGAGUUGAAGUAUGUAUUAAUGGAACUUGGGGCACCAUUUGUCACAAUGGUUGGGAUAAUAAUGAUGCCAGUGUAGUAUGUAGACAGCUGGGAUACUCUCCUUAUGGAGCUAUAGCUAAAGCUUCAUAUUUUACUGAGACCUGGUUAUCUUUUUACCUUUACAGUGUGAAUUGUAAUGGUAAUGAAAGUACACUGCUUAACUGUUCCUACUCAACUACUGGAACUUGCUACAACACUCAAGAUGCUGGUGCUAUUUGUCAAAGUGUUAGUAUUGCACAUGAUAAUUGUACUGAUUAUGCAAUUCGCUUGGUGAAUGGAGCAACUGCUAGAGAGGGAAUAGUUCAAAUAUGUCUUAAUAGAGCCUGGGGUGCAUUUUGCUAUAAGGAAAAUUAUUACUCUUAUGGUGUGGAUGCUAACCUAAUUUGUAGAGGGCUAGGCUACAAUGGCAAUGGAAUGACUUAUCUUGCUGAGUCUCCUAGUGUAGAUGUUUUGCUGAUAGCUGGUAUGAUCUGCUCUCAAUCUGCUACUAGUAUUAAGCAAUGCAGUCUAACACAUUACACUAAGUUAUCUGUGUGUGACGCUAGACACACUGCAGCAGUUAGAUGCCACAAUUGUACUGAAGGUAGUGUUAGACUGAUACCUUAUAAUUCUUAUUCUGAAGAUGUUGGACGUGUUGAAGUUUGUGUUGAUGGUACUUGGGGUAGUAUAUGCUAUCAUCAUUUUACUGACAAUGAUGCUCAAGUUGUUUGUAGACAUUUAGGAUACACUGCAUUAGGAUCAAUUUCAAUAGGAAAACUCUAUUAUUACAUGCAUAUCAACAUUCCCCUUCACAUUGUUAAUCUUAAUUGUACUGGUAAUGAAGAGAGUAUAUGGGAUUGCCCCUCAAGUACACAAGGACAGGAAUCCUGCACUGUAUACACUGAUGUAUCAGUUGCUUGUCAUGGUUUUGCUGUUAAGUAUUCUGAUUGUGCUAAUGGUCAGAUACGCUUAUCAAAUGGAACAAGCAAAAUGGAAGGAAGAGUUGAAUUGUGUUACAAUCAUGUUUGGUUUGGAAUAUGUGCUGGUAACUAUAAUAAUUACUAUAAUAUUGAAACUGUUUGUAACUCAAUGGGUUAUUCAAAAAGUGCUACAGGUCCUGGAUAUUCUAGUUCGUUCCUGGAUUUACCAAAUGUUCCAUUAUUCCCCUUUCAGAUCUACUGCUCUAGCAUCAUGGGUUCUUUGUUGAAUUGUUCAAAUGGAGCUAACAGUUGUUACAGUAGUUAUUCCUCUAAUUACUAUAAAUAUUUAGGAGUAACUUGUGAAGGCAAGUGUCUUCAUGGUGACAUUAAGCUUACAAGUUCAAUAUAUAGCUCUGUUGGUAAAAUUAAUGUAUGUGUGAAUGGUGUUUGGGGGAGUAUCUGUACAACUAGCUUUGAUGAUGCUGAUGCUAGUGUGGUUUGUGCUCAAUUAGGGUUCUCACGAUUUGGUUCUGUGUCUAUUCUUGGUUCUUCUGCUUACAAUGAACCAGUGCAUUUUAAUGAUUUAAACUGUACUGGAAAUGAAUUAAGUAUUUGGGAAUGUCCAUUCAAUAAUGCUACACAAAAAUGCUACAAUAAGGCUGCAUAUGUGAUAUGUCGGACCAAUAAUGCUACUGUUGAUACUUCAUGUACAACUGGUGAUGUUAGAUUAGUUGGUGGUAUCAAUGAGUAUGAAGGAAGAGUUGAAAUAUGUUACAAUCAAAUGUGGGGAACUAUUUGUGACUAUUACUGGGGUACAACUGAAGCUAAUGUUGUUUGCAAACAGCUUGGCUAUCAGAUGACAGGGUCAGUAUCAUUACGUGGUAGUUAUUAUGGAGAAGGGCAGACACCAUUUUUUGUAAGAAAUUUACGUUGUUCCAGUAGUCACAGUUCACUAAUAGCUUGUGUUUACAAUUUUAAUGAUAUUGCUUCUUAUUGUGGUACAACUGAUGCAGCAAGUGUCGUAUGUUUAGAAUCCUGUAAUGAUGGUGAUGUAAGACUGAGUGGAUCAUCAAUGACAUAUGCUGGUCGUGUUGAACUGUGUGUUGAGAGAUCAUGGACUACACUGUGUGAUCAAACAUGGGACUUUAAUGAUGCUGCAGUGACUUGUAGACAACUUGGAUACUCUUCAUAUGGUGCUAUACCAACAUACAAUUGCUAUACUGAGGGACAACUGUUAUUUGGUAUUACUAAUCUUGGUUGUAAUGGGUCAGAAAAACAUAUUUUUAACUGUACACACAGCAGUCCAUAUUUAUAUAACUGCAAGUCACAUAAUGAUGCUGGCUUAAUUUGUCAAGGAUCAGUGCAACAGUCUAAUUGUACUAAUGGUGAGGUUAGAUUAGUUGAUGGUAGUGGUCCUUAUGAAGGAAGAGUUGAAGUGUGUAUUAAUAAAGCAUGGGGUACUGUCUGUUCUAAUGGCUGGACUAAUACUGAUGCUAAUGUAGUCUGUAAACAAUUAGGAUAUCUACCAAUGGGUGGAAGAGCAAGAUUUGGUAGUGAUCAUUUUGGUCCAGGAGUUGGUCCAAUACUGAUGGCUAGUGUUGAUUGUACUGGUAAUGAGGAAUCAUUAAUAGAGUGUAGGACAAGAUCAUGUGAUGCCACUACUUGCUCUCAUUACAAUGAUGCUGGGGUCACCUUAUGUGAUAACCAAUGGGACUCUAGUGACAGUAAUGUGGUAUGCUAUCAAUUAGGACUACAACCUUUUGGAUCACAAUCUUUUACUAAUAAUUAUUUCAGUGUCAGUGACAAUCCUUCAUUUGUGAUUGGAGCCUUAUCUUGUUCAGGAUCAGAGGAAUCAUUGUUAGAUUGUUCAAGGCACACAACUUCUGGUGCAUCAAUAAACUGUCAGAGUCAUGAAGUUGCUGGAGUUCGCUGUAUUGCUUCCCAAACACCAUAUUCUAGUUGUGCUAAUGAUGAUAUUGGGCUUGUUGGUGGUACCAAUCCUGUUAUGCAUGGAUCGUAG